CGGGGGUGUGUUGGCGCCAAGCUUCGAACGGGGCGGUUGGGCUGGGGGGGCCGCGGAGCCCCAUCCUUCCCCGCCGCUUUCCCUGCCAUCCCCGCCCGCCCCCAUCCCCUGCGUGAGGUGAUGCUGCGGUCGCCGCCCCGCCCGAGGCGCCGCCGGCAGGCUUUUCAACUGUUCCAGUAAUGUUACGGAUAAGAAAAUGGCUUUCAAACCUGUGGAAAAACCAACUUUCUUUGAAAUAUUUAAGGCACAGUGCAGUGAAUCAGAUUUAGGGCCUAGCAGUCUCAAUUGGUUCGAGGAACUCAGCGCAGAAGCACCCCCGUAUGAGCCCAAAUUGCUGGGAGAGGUUGACAGUCCCUCUGCCUGGCUUGAUCAAACAGCUUUUAAAACUCCAAGGACAAAACCCUCUACAUACAGUCAGCUGGUAUCAACCCCGCUGCUCUUUAAAGAACAGAAUGCAAUAUUGCUACCUUGUUCUUCUCCUGAAAAAGAGCUGGAUCAGAAAAAAAUAGAAGCAAAUAGAGAGAAUUUGAUAAGCCCAAGUAACACAAGACAUAAAACAGACCAAGAAAAUGAAAUACUUGCUUUUCCUCCUGGUAUCUGCCACAACUGCCUUGCUGCUAGUCCAACUAUUUUAAAGAAUAUUUACAGAACACCUCAGAGAAAUAAUAUCCCUGGACCAUAUGGAAGCUUGUUUUGCACACCAAAACUUUUGGAGGUCAAAUCUCCAAAAUGUAUUUCUGAAAGUCUGGGAGCAGAAGUGGAUCCAGAUAUGUCCUGGUCAAGUUCUUUAGCCACACCUCCUACAUUUGGUGAAACAGUGAUAAUAGCUAGAGAGAACGAUUCUAUUUCUGAAGCAAGGCAACAGGAUGGAAGGGCUGAUACAAUUUUACACAACUAUUUUUCCAAGCAUGAUAAAUGUCCUGGGAUAAGUGAUGCAAGUAUGCUGUCUGUACCAGAGACAGUAAAGCUAAAUGCUGAAGAUGACUUCAAAGAUUUGGAGUCGGAGGUGUUAGAUGGCUUACAUGGUGAGAUAAACAGCUUUGAGGACACAUUCAGCAUGCCAGCUAAGUCCAGUAGAACUCUUCUUCUGAUGCCUCAUGCUCUGGAUGCAGUAGAGAAAUAUGAGAUAAAUCCAGAUAAAGCACAAGAAAAGAGGGAUGUUCCUUCUGAGCAGCCUAAUAGAAGAAAGAGUGGCAUUUCACAGGAAGCCAAAACAAAUAGCUGGAGUGAAAACAACCAUUCUACUGGAAUGAACGGUUCUUUACUCCAAAACACCAGUGAAGAUACAGGAGAUGACCACUUUCUUCUUGCUGAGGGAAAGCAUCUGCAAUCAAAUACCAGGACAAAGAACCUCAGCACUUUUAGUUUAAAAAUUGAUACUACAGAUACCUCAUCUGAUAAUUCCUUCAGUGAUACACUCAAACAAGAAGACUUGAGAGACAAGGGGGAAAAUGAUACAUCAAUAAAAUGCCUAGAAGUAUCUAAUACACAGAAAGAAGACAUAAAAAAWUCUUUAAAUAGUGAGGUCAUUUCAAAUAUGAAAUGUAAAUUUCUAACUUCAGCACGCCUAAUGGCAAGAAAGCAUUCCAGAUUUCUCCCUAAAAGCUGUUUAAGGAAAGAUGAAGAAGAUAAGGACAUGAGUGCUAACAUGAACGAUGGAGCUACUGUACCUCAGAGCCUGAGAAAACUUGAGUCUUCUCACAAGGACGAGGAACUCUUGGUUGAUAUGCACCGUGACUCUACAUCUAUGACAAAGAGCAGUUACAAUAAUACUUUGUGUCAGAUAAACUUUGGCAUAACUGGAAUCACUAGUGACAGUUGCAAUAAAUUAUCACCUGAUAAAAGGCAUGCUACAGACCAGAGGUCAGGAGUUGACUGUAGAGAAGUACACACACCCUUGGGAGUAAACUGCUCAGAAAAUGAGAGUACCGGAUUAAAACAAGGGGAGAAAACAGAUGCAGCUGCCUUUUCAGAGAAUGUAGCCAACAUCGAAGACCCAAAGUCUGCUCAAAACAGCGGAAGUCCUCAAGCAGCUGCUUUCAGUAAUGUAGCUGUAGGCAUUUCUAAAGAAUUAAUAGAUUGUGUAGAUAGUCGAUCUUUAAAUGAAGUAAUUUCUGCAGAAGAUAAACAAGUAGCACCUGUGUAUUCCAGCAAAAAGCCAAACCACAACCUAAAGCAUAAAGAGAAACCAUCAGUGAAUCUUAAUGCAUGCAGUUUCAAUCUGGGCUUCAGUGGCUUUCAGACUGCUUCCAAUAAGCAGAUUAAAUUCUCUGAAGCCAGUAUAGCCAAGGGGAGAACGCUGUUCAAAGAUAUUGAAAAUGAAUGCUUUGAAGCCUCUUCCACAGGAGUCAGAAAUUUUUCAAAUCAAGUUAAAAAGGAAAAUAUGUUUUUCUCAGAUUCAAAAAGCAAGUUGGGCGGUAAUUUAUUUGGUUCUUUACAUUCACAGACAAGUUUCCUUAAGCCCAGGCAUACACAGUUCAUUCCACAUAAAGUUGGUUUGUGUGAAAGCUUUCCUAGAACUCCACGGGCCUUGCAAGAAGCAAGUCAAACCUUGACUGCAAGUCAAGAAGCUGAAAUUGCUGAACUUUCCAGUAUCUUGGAAGAAACAGGUAGUCAGUUUGAAUUUACACAGUUUAGAAAGCAAAGUAACACAAUACAGAGUCAUGGAUUGCAACAACUAGGAUCUGUAGAAACACAUGGAACAAAGAAUGUAGGAAAUGCUUCUGCAACAGAGGAAGAUAUGAGGUUUUGUAGCACUUUCAGAUCUGAAAAUCAAGUUAAAGAUGACAAGUACUGUACUCAGGAGGAAGACACAAAUGAAGGCUCUGAAGUGGCGGAAAAUGAAAAAGAAAAUGCAUUGGUUUUCCAUAAAGAUGGCAAAAAGGUUACUUCUACCAACUUAGACAGAGACAUAAAUGAAAGUAGAAAAUCUGAUGAGAGCUUUCCCAUGACUAAGCAGGAGAGCUUUCCUAAUUUCAUAGGCUUUACUUCAGCUGGAGGUAAAAAAAUAAAUAUUUCAAAGGCAGCUUUGAGUAGAUCUGCAGAGCUUUUCAGAGACUUGGAUGAUGAUAACUAUUUGUUUAAAUYUUCUAAAACUAGUGCGAGAUGUCACAAUUCAAAUGGAUCUAUGUCUUCUGACAGUAAUGUUUUCAGGUGCCUGACAAAAGAAAGCAAAGAAAAAACUGUUUGCGUUUCAGAUUUCAAAAGCAUAAAUGCUGUUUCCCACACAGAUUCUGUUUCCUAUCAUGCACAGAAUAAAAAGGAGGAAAAUGUUAGUAUAGCAUUUAAGGAAAAUAUGGAAAAUAGGACAAAAAUAUCAGUAAAUAAUGCUGAAAAUGUUAGUUUCAGUAGUAUAAACAUUAUCAAUGGCCUGUUAUCCACUAAAAAUCAUAAGCAGAAUUGUCAGCCUUCCAAACAAUUUUUAAAUCGAGAUGAUGAAGGCAAUUUGCAAGACAGCUCAUUAGAUGUAGCAUGUCUAGAAGAUGCUGUUACAGCUGCAGAAAAACACAGUUUAAAUAUGUCAUAUGAAAUGGAAACCCAAUCUCCUAAGAAGAAAGGAGAAGACAGAAAUAAAGAUGAAUGUUUGUCACCAAAACUUCAAACUCCUCUUGGUGGUGAUAUAUCCAUUCCUGUUACAGCUUUGGAUCAUUCUCUGCCCUUGUUCAGUAUAGAGUGCAGAGAAAGAGAUGAUAAUGUUUUGGACAACUCUGACAAAGAAAAAACAAAUUGUAAAAAUAUGGAAGAAGACACCACCUGUGAUAAGAAUCUGCUAGUGAAUGAAAGCAGAAUAGAAAUAGGUUCUUACAAUCAUUAUCGAACAUGUCUGGAGGAAGAGGUAAACAUGGGGGAAAAUGAAGUAAAAGGGACUUUUCUGACUGUUUUUCAUACUGCUAGUGGCAAGAAAACAGCAAUUGCUGAUGGAUUUUUGGCUACAGCGGAACAGUUUUUUGCAGAUGUUAAUGUAGGAAAGAAGYGUGACAAUUUUGAGACCCUCAUCAAGAAAAGGAAAUGUGUUGAGAACUAUGUCAAAGACACUGAUUUAUGUGUUGAAAGCAUUGCUCAAUGUGACUCAGAAAAACUUGUGGAAAAGCUUGUUCCUGAAGAACUUGGAGAUAAGUUUAAUCAGGCAGUGGAGAGCAGUCCUAUUAAAUAUGCUGCUAUACUUGAUCCUGCUAAAGUAGAUACAUUUGUUGAUCUAGGGGAAGCUUGUGAAAAAGGUUUGGUAAAUUCACAUGCACAUAAAAAAUCUGAUGUCAGACCUGGAAAGUCAGAAUUGGAAUCCCUUACAGGACAGAAGAGUGAUGCUUUAAGUAGAACUCAUUUGUUUGAAGAUAGAARACUGCUUACAGAGAAAAAUGUGGAAUACUCACCAAGAAAGAGGGAUGAUUCAGAAAACACGAAUAGUUUUYCUGUGCACUCUGCUGCGCCUCUGCAUUUAAGGAUGGUACCAAAUGACCUUGAAGAUAACUGUGUGCCUGGAGAUACAAAAAAUACUGUAUUUGUUGAGGAGAGCAGCAAUAAAGCUAAUGAAUUACUCCUCUUACCUUCAGAAAGUAGCUGCUCUUACAUGAAUGGUGACAGUAAGGAAUUAGAACAUUUAAAUGAACCUGUUGCUGAUAAAAACUGCUUCACAGACACCACAGAUAGUGCUYGCCAAAGCCAGUCACUUGUCAGUCAUCCUGAAGAGGAAAGUAAAUUUAACAGGUUAAAAGAAACAACACUUAAUGUUGAGAAGCAAAAGGGUGAUCUGAAACAAACUGUGUUUAGCACAGCAAAAGGGGAAGCAAUUUCUGUUGCAGAAAGUGCUUUAGCAAGAGUCAGACAAAUGUUUCAAGAAGACUGCAGUGAAGCUGUAAAAUACAAAAUUGAGCCUGCUUCAAAAACCAAUUGGGCAAAAAUUUCUAAAAAAUCGUCUGUAGUCCUUUAUGCUGAGCAUCGUAAUUCUGCUAAAUUUUAUAAUGCUACAAGUGAAGAGGUUAAUUCAUCCACUUCCCGAUUUAUUAAAGUAAAUGCAAGUGCUGAUGAAAAUGGUCACCAAGAAAAAAACACAUCUGCAGAUGCAAAGUCUCUUUYAAAUUCUCAGAAGCAAUCCUUUGAGCAGAGUAUUAACCUGUUAGGGCACUUGUCUGAUCCAGAUAAACAGAUAAAGCCAUCAGAUGCUUCUUCAAGAAAUUUCGGAUUUUUUAGUACAGCAAGUGGAAAGUCUGUACAGCUUUCAGAAGAGUCCCUCAGGAAAGCUAGACAGCUCUUUUCUGAAAUGGAAGGUAAUCAUUCACCACAUGUACAAGAAGCACUUUUAGUUGAGGAUAAUGUUCAAAAGUCUAAAAUGCACACUGAAGUACUUCCUAGGAAAAUGCAGGUAGUGUUACCAAAAGGGGAAGAAAAUAUCAUCACUGAAUUGAUUUCUAAUUUUGGCUUCAGCACUGCAAGUGGAAAGCAGGUAGAAGUCUCUAAAGAUGCCURUCAAAAAGCAAAGACAAUUUUAGAGGAAUGUGGUUCUUUUUUGAGUAGUGGGCUUUGCAUUACAGAUCAAUUUAGUUCAAAUAAAGACAGUGAUCAAAAUAUAGAACAUUUGACAGAAAGGGUGAUCUCAGAAUUCAAAACUGAAAAGACCUGCGAUCAGGACUCUGACUUUAAAAGCAUCUGCCCUGAGGAAAUGAAGUAUUUUCCAAGCACUCACCAUGUCAAAAUGCCUGAGUAUGUACCAUAUAGUAAACACAAGCAGUUAACAUCACUUAGAAACAACUUUCAGCAAGAGGAGACUGAAUCUUCUGGAAAAGGGCAGCUGAAUCUGGGGUCUGAAGCAAUUUCAUGCAGUGCUAUUGCUAAAGCAGAAAUUAAUACUAAUCUUCAAAGUCCAAAAAAUUACUUGGAAGUAGAGGCUGUAGAAAGUGCAAGAGCUUUUAUGAAAGACAGUUUUUCCAAUUCUGGAGUACAAAUUAAUGCUGUGCAGACCUUCAGUAGCAGACUGGAUAAAAACUUCCAAAAUAAGACCUUUGGGAAGAGGCACUUUGAAGAAAACAWCUCACUUGGAGAGCCUCCAAUUAAAAGACAGCUUCUGCUUGAAUUUAACAGAACAAAGAAUUCCCCCAGAUCUUUGAAAGCUUCAAAAAGCACCCCUGAUGGUAUUUUCAAAGACAGAAGAAAAUUUAUGUACCAUGUGCCUUUAAAACCCAUAACUUGUCAGCCUUUUGGGUCGACUAAAGAACAUCAAGAAGUCAAGAAUCCUACCCUUACUCUGCCAGAUCAAGACUCCAGAGGAUUUCAGUCUAAACSUGCAAUUUUUCAGCAUUGUGCUCUAAGGCAGUCUUCAAAUGGUACUGCAGUUGUUUCCACUCCAUGUAAGGCCUUGGCAAAAGAGAGUGAAGAAACACGGAGUAUUUAUAAAUCUGGCAAAGCUGCUAAAACUUUUAUUCCACCCUUCAAAACCAAGCUGACAUUUUCUACAUGCAAACAAGGCAGCAGCAAAAAAUGUGACUCACUCAUCAGCAAAAAUAUGACCAAAGAGAUGGAAUUAAAUCAGAUGACAACAGAACAAAAUACUGCUGACCCUCAGGAUCCCCAGUCUUGCAUCCAGCAUGCAGCAGACACUGACCUAGAAAAUGGUAAUUUAGUGGUGACAAGGAUGGUGACAAACCUCCGCUGUGCCAGAGAUCUGCAGGAAAUGAGAAUUAAAAAGAAAUGUAGGCAAAAUAUUCGCUCACAGCCAGGCACUCUUUAUGUCAUUAAAACAUCUGCAAGCAAUAGAAUCUCUCUGAAAACUGCAGUAGAGGAGAAACCUCCUCGUUUUUAUUCUACUGAAGAGCUGUACACGUACGGAGUUUCAAAACAGUGCGUACGAGUUAACAGCAUAAAUGCAGAAUCUUUCCAGUUUCUCAUCAAAGACUUUUUCAGUGAGGAGUAUUUGUUAGCUGGAAAUGGAAUGCAACUUGCUGAUGGAGGAUGGCUAAUACCUACAGAUGAGGGAAAAGCUGGGAAAAAGGAAUUUUACAGAGCCCUCUGUGACACUCCUGGUGUAGAUCCCAAUCUAAUAACAGAGGCCUGGGUUUACAAUCACUACCGAUGGAUUGUAUGGAAACUGGCAGCCAUGGAAGUGUCUUUCCCACAUGAAUUUGCUAACAGAUGUUUAACACCAGAAACAGUAUUGUUGCAGCUGAAAUAUAGAUAUGAUUUGGAAGUUGGUAAAAGUAAACGAUCAGCAAUCAAAAAAAUAAUGGAAAGAGAUGAUGCAGCAGGUAAAACCCUUGUACUGUGCAUUUCUAAAAUCAUAUCGCUGAACACAAUUGUAUCCCCCAGCAGUAGUAAUAAGAACAUGGAAAGUAAAAAAGCAGCAGCARUCAUUGAAGUUACUGAUGGCUGGUAUGGGAUUAGAGCUCUUCUGGAUCCACCUCUCAAAGCUUUCUUAGAUAGAAGAAGGCUGACUGUUGGUCAGAAGAUCAUAGUCCACGGAGCAGAGCUUGUUGGUCCUCAGAAUGGAUGUACACCACUGGAAGCUCCAGAUUCCCUUAUGUUAAAGAUCUCAGCGAACAGCACUCGAUGUGCACGAUGGCACGCAAAACUAGGAUUUCAUCGGGAUCCCAGGCCUUUCCCUUUGCCUUUAUCAUCACUUUACAGUGAGGGUGGUGCAGUGGGGUGUAUUGAUGUAGUUAUUCAAAGAACUUACCCUAUUCAGUGGAUGGAAAAGACGUCGGCUGGUUCAUACGUUUUCCGUAACAGCCGAGCUGAAGAAAGGGAAGCUGCCAAGCAUGCAGAGGAUCAGCAAAAGAAACGGGAAGCUCUGUUUGCAAAAGUCCAAGCAGAAUAUGAAAAGCAUGAAGAGAGAACCAGUAGAAGAACACCAAGAUCACGGAUAGUCACAAGACAGCAAAUCCAUAAUUUGCAAGAUGGCGCAGAACUUUAUGAAGCAAUUCAGAAUGCAUCUGAUCCUGGUUUUAUGGAGGGAUAUCUCAGUGAUGACCAGUUAAAAGCCCUGAAGGCUUACAGGCAGCUGAUAGAUGACAAGAAACAAACUCAGAUGCAAGAACAAUUCAAGAAGGCUUUACAGUCAGCAGAACAGGAAGAAAAUGGUUGUUACAAAAGGGAUGUGUCUGCAGUAUGGAAAUUAUAUGUGGUAGACUAUAGAAAGAAAGAAAAACAUAAAGGAGCAGUACUGAGUAUCUGGCGCCCACUGCCUGAUGUGUGUUCCUUGCUGAAGGAAGGCACUCGCUACAGAAUCUUCCAGCUGGCAGUGUCACAGUCCAGGGCACGGGCAGACUCCACCAACAUCCAGUUAACAGCAACAAAGAAAACUCAGUAUCUACAGCUAUCAGUGUCACAGAAGAUGCUGGUACAAAUUUUCUUUCCAAGAAAGGCUCUAGAAUUCACCAGUUUGUUGGAUCCUUCUUUUCAGCCACUGUGUGCUGAAGUGGAUUUAGUCGGAGUUGUAGUUUCUGUUAGCAGAACAGGUUUCACUACUAUGGCAUACUUAUCUGACAAAAGCUACAAUUUAGUGGCAGUAAAGAUCUGGACAGAUCUCAGACACUUGGCUGUUGAAGAUGUAGUUGUCCGCUGCUCACUCAUUUCUGCAAGCAACCUUCAGUGGCAGUCUGAAUUCAGAUCAGAAAUUCCUGUGCUGUUGGCUGGAGACCUUUCUGUGUUCUCAGCCAGUCCAAAGGAAUGCUAUCUUCAAGAGAAGGUUAAUGAACUGAGGAGUGUGAUAGAGAAUGUGGCCUCCUUUUGCUCUGAUGCAGAAAGUAAAUUGAUGAAUUUGCUACAAAGAAAUCUCCUGCUUACACCCAGUUUAACUAAAAGAUGUGGCUUGGAAAGCCCCUCUCCUUCCUGCAGCUAUGCAGAGGAUAAAAGUUUGAUCUCUUCUAGAAUUGAAAUGAAGCACCCAAGGCCUUUGUCAACUAGCACACCAAAUACAAAACUUGUCACACCAGGGUCAGCAAAAACACCUUCAUCUGCUGGAGUUAAUGAAGRCCAUCUCAAAACCAGCAAAAAGAGAAAAGCUAUGGACUUUCUCAGUUGCAUACCUGCCCCUCCACCACUGACACCAAUAUGUUCAGUAAUUUCUCCAUCUGUUAAAAGAGCGUUUCAACCUCCACGAAGUUUGGGUUUACAUCAUAGCAAAUCAUCAAAGGAAACAGAUCAGAGUAUUGGCCAUGUCACCCCCUGCAGAAAACUGAGAGAAGCUGUCCAUCUUCCUGAGAAUGACCUGAUUGCUGAUGAAGAAUUAGCAAUGAUAAAUACACAAGCACUCAUGAAUAAUAUACUAGGAGAAAAAAAGAUGGAUUAUGUAAAUGAAAACAGCAGUGCAACAGCUACUACUCUAUCUGAUGAUCUUUCAUCCAGAAAUAGUUCCAGGUCUACUGUGGAAGCUAAUAAUUUAUCAAAAGCAGGUUUGAAGUAGCUGAGGCUUUUCAGAAGAACCCAAAGGAACCUGAGGACUCGUUACCAGCAUGCAGAAUGCUACAAAGACAGAAAUGCUGCUAAUGCACAUGUACAGUAUUGUAUAUAUUUCAAAUUCAAAUUAUUUUUGCACUUUGUACAUUAAAACUUGAUUGUAUUUA